AAAAUCACUUUAUCUGGCAUCACUGCUUUCGCGGUAGACGUUUCGAGCUGUGCCGAACGGCGUUUCCUCGACGAUUGACGUGCACGUAGCGGUUAAAUCGGCACGCGUGCAAAUCCGCGGAACGCGACGCGAGAAUUCCCGACGGCGAUGGACUGGCAAUAAUCAUCGGGUCGCGAUCAAGCCCGCGAUCGAACAUCCAUCGUUCUCGAUUGCGGUGUGAUUUCCGACUUUCCUGUGCUUCUACGCUUCUGGCGAUCCUCUAAAACCGCCAGUACAUUACAACGUAGUAUAAAAUUAUUGACGCGCAUCCGAAAAGGAAAACAAAAUGUCCGAGUACUGCGAAUAUAUGUGGUGCGAUCCCGCCCGAGGUCGUAGCAGCUUGGUGCGUAGCAUUUAUGAAGAGGGAGGCAGAUUCGAUAAACGUGAUAAGAAACUAGCCAUUAAGACUGUCAGAUCUAUACUUCGACAAAUGCCGGAUGUAGACCUGGAACAUUGCACGGAUGAGUAUAUCACGCGCUUCCUGCUAGCCCGGAAGUACCGCACCGAGCAGGCAGCGGCCCUGAUAGCCGCUUAUCAGGCGCAAAUAACACAUCGCCAGGAUAUCUUCGGCAAUCUUACCGCCCGGGACCCGGCAUUGCAGCGUGCGCUUCGCGCAGGUAUACCGGGUGUCCUACCUGCGCGUGACAGGAAAGGUAGAUGCGUACUGGUUAUUUUGGCAUCGCAAUGGGAUCCUGUAGCCGUGCCCGCAUUGUCCGUUCAACGAGCGAUAUUCUUAGUUCUGGAAACACUUAUUCAAGAUCCUCGAAAUCAGCAAUCCGGUUUCGUCGCCGUGGUAGACUGGAGCGGAUUCUCGUUACGGCAGGGCGGUGCAUUGGGGGCAGCGGCUCUGCGAAACCUAAUAGCUGCUCUACGUGGGCGAUUUCCCGCCCGAUUCAAGGCGAUACACUUCCUCUCGGCGCCGCUCUACGUUCAGGCAACUCUGGCCCUGGUGAAGCCAUUUCUGGAUGAGAAGACACGGAAUAAGAUUUAUCUGCACGGCAACAAUCUCAGCACGCUUCACGAACACCUGCCAACGGACAUCCUGCCGGCGGAGCUCGGUGGAACGGGGCCAGCCUUCAACCCGGGAUUAUGGGCCGAGCCGGUCAUCCACUCGGCGAUGAAAGAGGCCGAGCUCGCCGCUGCCGCCGCUAAAAAGGGAAAAGACCAUCAUGUUGACGUGCAAGAACCGGCCAACCUUCGAGACGGAUCGGAAACCGCAAACGGAAACCAUCAAAGGAGCGAUGGCUUGAACGUUCCAAUGAACGCGGAUAAAACAUUCUUGAACAACUCCGACAAUUCCACAAAACUCUCUUCUGGGAAAGCGCUACAAAUGGAUGUAGAGCUAAAUGUAAUAAAUAAGCGAUCGAACAAACAGAAAGAGGCGACGGGAUCAGCAAAAAAUUACGAGGACAGAGUUAAGGAACAAUUACAUGAACGAAUCAGUAACGGAAAUAUAAACGAGACGCGUCAUUCUGAAGAUAGAACGGAUCAAUCCAAUACCAUUGACUUGGCGUUUUUUGACGCGGAUAUCAACUUGAACGAGUUUGAGAUGAUUUCCAGCAGGUCGUGCAACGAGAGUAAGGACAACUCGUUGGACAAUAGAUUAGAAGAAAGGGCUCUCAUUACCACCGGCAACAGCGAAACACCAUCGGAGAAAACGAAUCUCAUAACGUAAUCGAUCUCCAUAGAUCUAAGUAUUUGUAAUACUUACUGAUAGAAAUCUGUUUUUUCCUGCUAAAUGAAUUUUUUAUAGGUGACGCGAAUCUUUAAAUAACGGCUCGCACAGUCUCGAGAUAUCGUAAUUUUAUGAUCCCAACAAAUUCUCUUGUAGACUAUUUUUUAGAUAUAAUUUGGCUCGGUGCUUCUCUGGUUAUGGAUUUCCGCUUUCUUGGAAUGUGUAAAAUCAGGAGGUGAAAUUUUUAUAUUGACCUUUAAAUACCAUUAGUAAAAGUGAAUAUUACAAGCGCACUGAAAAGUCGUCGAACGUUCAAUAAUUUUUAUCCUUGAACUGUACUUAUGAAACGUGCAAAAAUAUUAAAUUUGUAUUAAAGUUUACAAAAAUAUACGAUAAAUUUUAUGGUGUUAUGAUCCUUGCAUUAGGCAUGUUUAACUUAAUUAUGACAAUUGUUGAAACUAUGGUACCUGUUUUACAAAUUAUACAUAGGCAGCUCUCCCUAAAACAAUCUAAUUAAUAUUAAAGAGACUGUAAAAGAAAGAUAAGGGCUGUUCAUGCUAUUUUAUGAUCAUUCUUACGUAUUUAACAGAAAUCGGGUACGUUUUGAAAUUUGUGACGAUUGGUAAAAUAUCUUUUUAACUGUAGUUAUAAGAACUGAAGAAUGAAUGAGCUUGAGACAUUUCGUGAAAUAUAUGAAUAUCAUACAUUACAAAUAGUGCAGUCUUAUUGAGAUCAUACUUCUUUGCUAGUAGCAAAAUAAAUAUUUUCAAUACAAUCUAUAUUUUUUAAAAUAACGUACAUAUAUAGACACUUUAAACAGCAUCUACGAAAUACAUUUUUUUUCAGCUUAC